ACGGGUCACGUGACCUAGGGAAGAAGGCGUGAGCGAGCGAGUGGGGGAUCUGUCGUCAUGAGGUACACACUCGCGGUCACGCACGCACCCCAACAAUACAGUCGGUGAAAAAUUUGCAGAGCGCUUCAGGUGCAAUCGGUGAAAACUUUGAUUCGGCGAACUUCUCACGCCGUCAUUCAUCGCGGCAAGCCAUGGAGGAGGACACUGAGGAGCGGCGAAAGCUGCGGGUGAAAGAGCGACGACACUACACCGAAGACUGCCUGCAAGACGACGAGAUCGAAGGCCGCAGAAUGUUCACCGUGGAGGAUAAAGUGACCAGCCCGGCGUUUACCUGCUCCUUCGUCAAAGAGAUGAAGGGUGAAGACUUCACUCUGAAGUAUCUACAAGAACACGGCUUUGAGUACCCCCUGCUGUUCAAGAGCAAAGCAAACAUGGGGAUGAGGUUGCCAAGCCAUAAUUUCACAUGUAAUGACGUUAGGCAGUGUGUUGGGAGCCGCAGGAUUCUGGAUGUGAUGGAUGUGACUACACAGAAGGACAUAGAGAUGACCAUGAAGGAUUGGUGUCGCUACUUCGAGAACCCAAACAGAGACAAGCUGCUCAAUGUGAUCAGCCUCGAGUUCAGCCACACCAAGCUGGAAAACUAUGUGGAGUCCCCUAGCCUGGUUCGACAAGUAGACUGGGUCGACGUCGUGUGGCCGCGACACCUGAAAGAGAGUCAGACCGAAGGGACCAACGCCAUCGAGGACAUGAAGUACCCCAAGGUUCAAAAGUAUUGCCUGAUGAGCGUAAAGGGCUGCUACACAGACUUCCACAUUGACUUUGGGGGCACAUCAGUCUGGUAUCAUCUUCUUCGGGGCCAGAAGGUGUUCUGGCUAAUACCUCCGACCAAGCGCAACUUUCAGCUGUACGAACAAUGGGUUCUUUCGGGGAAGCAAGGGGACGUCUUCUUCGGUGAAACCGUGGAGAAGUGUGACCGUGUCACCCUUAACGAGGGUGACACUUUUUUCAUUCCCACUGGUUGGAUUCACGCCGUGUACACUCCAAUGGAUGCAUUGGUGUUUGGCGGAAACUUUCUACACAGCUAUGGCAUUGAAAAGCAGCUGCAGAUCUGCCAGAUUGAAGAUGCAACACAUGUGCCCAUCAAGUUCCGGUAUCCCUUCUACCGCGAGAUGCUCUGGUAUGUGCUGCAGCGUUACGUCCAGUGCCUCCUCGGCAUCAACCACCUCACCUGCAACGAGGACGGUGACCCGAUCGACGUGGCUAAAAGGGGCAGUUCGCAACAGAUGCAGGCACAGCAGCAGCCAGGCUCGACAGGGGGGCGCUCCUUCGAUGGCAGCUCAUUUCUGGACCUGAGCACACUGUCGCCGAAGUCCAAUGGGGCCGGUGCCAGCAGCCCCACAGUGCCCAACGAGGACUCACUGGACUCUGCGGAAGAACCGUGCCGGCGGACCUUUCCUCCCGGUCACGUGCACCUAACUCGGAGAGAGGUGGACGGACUUAGGAUGAUAAUCCGCUGGCUUCAGAAGCUGCCACCCAACAAGAAGUUUGUCCCUGACUUGGUGAGGGAUCCUGAUGCGCUGCUUGCUGAUGCAAAGCGCCUGGUAAAGGAGCACAAGCACGAUGACCCAGUGCUUGCAAUCACUGACAAACCGGUGCUGUUCUGGUCUGAGAGCAAGAAGAAGAGCAAGCCGCGAGUGGGUCUACCCCCGCUGGGAGGCAAGGGAUCGUCCAAGGGGGGACGGGGCUCGGACAAGGACAAGAAUGGGGCCCGGCGGCGGCGCACGCGCUGCAAGAAGUGCGAGGCCUGCCUGCGUGCCGACUGCGGUGACUGCCACUUCUGCAAGGACAUGAAGAAGUUUGGCGGGCCCGGCCGCAUGAAGCAGUCCUGCAUCAGCCGCCAGUGCAUGGCUCCCGUACUUCCGCACACAGCGUGCUGCAUGCUGUGCGGGCGGGACGGCUGGGAGAAGGGCGCCCCACAGCCUGGCUCGGACCAGGAGGCCUGCUCAUCGCUCAUGGAGUGCUCCCAGUGCUGGGAGAUUGUGCACCCAGCAUGCCUGGCCGAGCGCAACCCACAUCUGGUGGGACUGCAGGGCAACGUCAGCGACGACCUGCCCAACAGCUGGGAGUGCCCCAAAUGCUGCCGCGACGGAAAGCCCGACCAGGUCAAGCCACGGCACACUCGAGGUAGAAUGUCGAAAGGUCCACAGGAUGGGAAGCCUGAGUGCGAGUACGUGCCGGGUCUGGAAUCAGCACCAACCGUUCCAGGCAACCCUGCGCUCAACUUGACGCUGAGGCCGUAUGAGACAUCGGGCGAGCUUUGCACAAGCGAGCUUGAUCCAUGCGGUGCUCCACCAAAGAAAAAGAUAAAGACAGAAGGACCUCAAGAACUUCUCGAGUAUGACGGCGUGCCUUUGUCAGACAAGCCGAUCCAGCACCUGCCAGCAGCAGUCAAGAACGGAGAUGCGAGUGACGAGGAAAUGUACGAGAACUCGGAGGCGGCAUUAAGCAGGUCCCGCAAGGAUGACUAUGUCCGGUCUUGUGCCCGGCUGACCAUGGUCCAAGGGGACAAGAUCUCGGCGACGAGCUCCCACGACCAGGUGGUCAAGUCAAUGCGCAGCUUACACAAGGGUUCAGAGCCAGAGUUCGCCGAGGCUGCAGCCAUUCCUGCGAUUCCUGCCGUAUCGGCCAUCCCCAGUGAAGAGCCCGAUGUCAAGAACGGCUUGGCAGCCAUUGCGGCCAAUGCCCAAAGUGCCGACAACCGAGACGACAGAAACUCUUCGAGUGCAACCACGAACGGGGCCACUGCACCGGACCUACACAUUACGAGCAUAAGCUGCGGGCAGCCACCGGACUUCAAGUUCAAGAUGACCCUGCGAGACCGUGGCAACCUGCGCAAGCCCCUGCACCUGGUACGGCCCGCACCACUCCGCGAAGACGUGGAGAAGGCCAAGCAGCCAGUGGAGAAGGUGCAGCUAGACGACGGCACCACGUGCUACGCACUGAUGCGCGAGGUGAUGGUGCCUGUCAUGCACUACCUCGGUCCCCAGGACUUGUUGCAGUGCCAGCUGGUGUGCAAGGCGUGGAACCGGUGGUGUGUGGAGCCCGGCAUGUGGCGCCGUGUGGAUCUAUCGCGGCGCCGCGUGACGGCGCUGGCCCUCGCAGGCAUCGUGAGGAGACAGCCCUGCUGCCUGGACCUGGCCUGGACCAACGUCUCGGCAAAGCAGCUCAGCUGGCUGCUACCGCGCUUGCCGCACCUGCGCGAGCUGGGACUGAGCGGGUGCUCGGCAGCCGCCGUGGUUGCCGCACUACGCUCCGGUGUCUGCCCUCGCCUUCGCUGCCUCGACCUCAGCUGGGUUGAGGGUCUCGGAGACCAGGCAGUACGGGAUUUGGUGGCGCCCGACGCUCGUUCCAAGCCCAGGCUCCUCGUGGAGGUCCGUCUCGCGGGGUGCGACAUCUCGGACGUGGCAGUGCGCCUGCUGGGGCACCAGCUGCCCAACUUGAGCCGCCUGGACUUGUCCAACUGCCGCGGUGUCACAGACAUGGGCAUAGCGGUGCUCGGCGCUGCUAAGGCGUCGCGACUCACUGCGCUCGAUGUUUCGCGGUGUGCCAACGUGUCGGACACUGGCCUCGAGGCAUUGCGACGCUGCGUGGGGCUGCGCCACUUGGAUCUCAGAGACUGCCCGCAAGUAACCGACGCGGCCUGCCGCCGCUUCGUAGCACAAAGCCGCCUCCCGGUUCUCCUCAAGGAGAGCAAGCUCAUACAAGUCACCACUCCAUAGAAAGUGUCUCCCCAUCUCCGACUUGUUUCGUGUGUAUUAAGCCACGGGUUAUUUUCAUUUCAUACAGAUCUCCAUUUGAACUUCAGGGUUGAGACAGGCAGCAGCACCACUUUCUAGCUAGCCUUGUAAACCCGAAAAUGGUAACAUUGAUUCGUCAGUGCUUCUCUGGUGUUGAUUAGGAUGUGCUUGCAUCACAUGAAAGAAGCAUAGUACUCGGUAAACUGCUCUGAAUUUGUUUUUAAACUUGAGGCAUAGAUUUUCAGCACUUGGAUCAGCCUGCCAAAUGCAGGUUGCCUUCUGAAGGACAACUUUCAACCUUGCGCAAUAGCUCAGGCAAACAUUUAGUGUGUCAGGCACAAGUUUUUUGAGAAGGUAGUGGCUGUCAUCACUGCGUUAACAGGUUUGAUUUUCUCAUCACCUUGAGUGUAGCCGGAGGCCUUUAUUCUAGCUUCCUACUGACAAAGUACCUCAAGUGCACCUUUCUUGUUAUAUAUUGAUGGCAUCAUUUAAAACCUCCAGCAUCAAGCGAAUGCUACUCUUUUUUUUCUGUCUCUCUUUUUAACACAUAACUUUACUUUUGAUGUAACACAUUCUUCAUUUAUUUGAGAAUUUUGUAUACUUCAAGGAAGAAUUGUUGCUAAGCAGUUUUAAGCAUUGUUCUUUCAUUUAUGUGAAAUAGCUCUCAUGUUGUGUACAUUUAGUUUCUGUUAGAUCGCUUUCUUGUUGGCAUUUAAGUGUUCACAGCUGAGGUUUUGUUUUAUUGUGUUGUGGGCUGUAGUGGCCAUUCAUUUUGCAAAGCAAAGCUUCCGAUGCUUGCUUUUGUUCAGUAGUGCAUGGUAGCACAUAACCCAGAGAUUGUAACAUUGUACCUUCUUUUUUUCUUGCUUUAAUCAUGUAAUUUAUUGAAACUUUCAUGUUCAUUCUUUUUGCUGUGUGCAAAAUCUCAUAGCAGUUCAUCAUGAAAUCCUUUUGGAACCAUCAUUAUCUGUAUGCAAGUUUGCAAGUUGUAAAUACUAUCCAAUACCAUCUGUAACUUUGGUCAGCACGAGAUAUCGAGUGACUGUGUCAUUUUUGUUGCAGUGUGUUCAUUGGUAUGUCCAUGUGUUGUAUAUAAGCGAAGCCAGUGUUGCUGCUGCUCAUGACAUGUAAAACAGUUCAGUAAACAUUUGUAGGUAAAC